AGGCAUUCACGCACUCCAUCGAGAUAAGCUCGCAGAAGUUGAUGGCUGAGAAGCAGAAGAGCGACCUGCUUCUAUCCAGGAUGCUCCCUCUACCGGUAUUGCGCAGAUUGAGAGCUCAACGCACCGUGCCCGCGGAGGCGUUCGACGCGGUCACCAUAUUCUUCAGUGACAUCGUGGGGUUCACCACCAUAGCAGCCAACAGCACUCCAAUGGAGGUCAUCAAUAUGCUCAACAUGCUGUACAGAUUGUUCGACGAGAAAAUUCAAGAGUACAAUGUAUACAAAGUUGAGACGAUAGGCGAUGCGUACAUGGCCGUGUCGGGUCUGCCACAACGAAACGGUAAUCGUCACGCUUCCGAGAUAGCCGACAUGUCGUUAUCACUGAUGCGCAGUCUGGAGGGGGCGAGCGUGCCGCACUCGCCGAACGAGCCGCUGCGGAUCCGCGCCGGCGUGAACACGGGACCAUGCGUGGCCGGCGUCGUAGGCACCACCAUGCCCCGCUACUGUCUGUUCGGAGACACCAUCAACACGGCUUCUAGGAUGGAGAGCACAGGCGAGGCAAUGAAAAUACACAUUUCUGAAACUACUAAGAAGGCAUUAGACGAGUUUGGAAAUUAUGAAGUAGAAUCCAGAGGAUUCAUAGAGAUACCGGGUAAAGGCAACAUGGAGACCUUUUGGCUCGUAAACAAACUUGGUGAUGUGGAGCCCCACAACCAAUGCCGAAAGCUGGACGACUACGAUAGCAAUCUGCUCGAGCUUCUGAUCAGAAGUUAAUUUAUGUUAAGAUGUU